CACGACGAAGAAUCGUGCAAGAUGUCCAGAAUAUAUUUCACGGACCAUGUGGUCUACAGUCGGUAUAGAGCCAUUAUCGCGUUUCGUAGUACAUGACUAUCCAGCUAACACGGCCCCUCGCAUAAGCACUAUGCAUGAACAUACCAGGGCUCAGCUUGCAGCGGCAAGCAUCCCUCUCGAUCACCAGCAACACCAAGACCUAGACCAUAUCGCCUCAAAUCGUCUUUCGCAGUCUACAAACAAACCUUCUCCAACAGUCUUUCAUGCAGAUAAUAUGCAUAUACCCCAAAAACUACAACGCAACAGCACAGACGGAGAGAAUCUCUCCCGAAAACCUCAACCUCAGAUUAUACGAGGCAUCUUCGAUGUUGCUAAUGGUCCUGAAGAAACUAUGAAACAUGCAAUAAUGAGACUGAGGUGCGAUUGCGAGGCGUGUGAUAUGUGUCGAAAGCGGAGGGAUGUGCUUUCCCGGAAUGGCAUGUGUUUUGUUGAGGCUAUUGAGAGAAGAGACACUGCUUGAUUGAGAACCUCAUACUUUACGUGGAGUUUUUGGGUCUCUAGAAGUACUUACCAUGAACGUAGAAGCUUUGUGUUGAUAUAACAGA